AUGUCCUCGAAAUCCCAUCUCCCCUAUGCUGCCCGCGCGGCAAACCACCCAAACCCCCUCACCAAAAAGCUCUUCUCCAUCGCCGAGGAGAAGAAGACCAACGUCACCGUCUCCGCGGAUGUCACGACGUCAGCUGAGCUGGUGGACCUGGCAGAUCGCCUCGGCCCCUACAUCGCCGUCCUUAAAACCCACAUCGACAUCCUCUCCGACCUAACCCCCGAAACCCUCUCCUCGCUCUCCGCCCUCGCCCAGAAGCACAACUUCCUCAUCUUCGAAGAUCGCAAAUUCAUCGACAUCGGUAACACAGUGCAAAAGCAAUACCACGGCGGCGCCCUGCGCAUCUCCGAAUGGGCCCACAUCAUCAACUGCGCAAUCCUGCCCGGCGAGGGCAUCGUCGAAGCCCUUGCGCAGACAGCCUCCGCCUCGGACUUCCCCAACCCGCAGGAACGAGGUCUGCUCAUCCUCGCUGAGAUGACGAGUAAAGGGUCCCUUGCGACGGGCGAGUACACGGCGCGCUCGGUCGAGUAUGCGCGGCGGUAUCGCGGGUUCGUUAUGGGUUUUGUCAGUACGCGGGCGUUGACCUCUGUGGGGCCUGAGCCGGCGACUGUCGAGCAUGAUUCCGAGGACUUUGUGGUGUUUACGACGGGGGUCAAUCUUUCGAGUAAGGGGGAUAAGUUGGGGCAGCAGUAUCAGACGCCUGAAUCGGCUGUUGGCCGCGGUGCCGAUUUCAUUAUCGCGGGGAGGGGGAUUUAUAAGGCGGAGGAUCCAGUGGAGGCUGUCAAGGCGUAUCGUGAGGCUGGGUGGAGGGCGUAUCUUGACCGGAUUGGCGGGGACGCGUGA